AUGGCUUUUGGGAGGAUGUGCGCUGAUGGAGGGGGUGUCCGCGGUCUUUCCUCGCUGUUAAUACUGCGGUGCUUACUCGUCUUCGUCACACAAGAACUUGUCCGACGAGGGGUCUUAUCAGACACCCACCCUACAUUAAAUCCACAAGACAUUUUCGACGCUGCUGUCGGGACAAGCACCGGCGGUCUGAUUGUGCUGAUGUUGGUCAACUUGGACAUGACCUUGGACGAGUGUAUACAGCAGUAUAAGGUCCUCUCAGGGGAGAUUUUCUCGAAGUAUCGGUCGGUUCUGAGAAGGGCAUUCGGCUCAAAUCUGUCAAAAUUCUCCGGCAAGAGACUCCAAGGGGCAGUGGAAAAGCUCUUGAUAUCGAGGGGCCAUCCCCUCGACUUGAAGUUGCGAAGUGACGUCCAACGCAACCAAAUGCAUGGCACUGUGCUUUGCCAUGAAAGGCUACGGGCACACCAGAUGUUCCUCUGCACCCAUGAGUGUACCGGCCCGUAUCGGCGACAUACACUCGACUUUGAUCUCGAGUUGCGGCAUGCUGCCCGAGCCACAUCAGCAGCGCCGUCAUAUUUCGAGCCGAUGAUAAUCCAGGGGAGGUCGCUUGUGGAUGGAGGCUACGGGGAUACCAAUAAUCCAUCUUGGGCAGCCAAGAUUCAUUAUCAUCAAAGCCACGGUCUUCCAGCUCGCCAUCCACUGGUUCUGAUCAACAUCGGAACGGGAACGUUGCCAGAAGGCUACGACGAAGUCCGACUCCGGAAACGCCCCUGGUGGACAAGGCUACUACCAAAUAGUUUGGUUGAGGCACUGGGUCUGCUCUCGGAUCUUGUAAAGAUGGCUACAGAGUCGGAAUACCGUGCAUCGGAUCUGGCCUACAUUUCCGCACUUGCUCCAGAGAAGUUAUUUUUUCAGAGGUUCAGCGCCGACACGGGAAUGCACAAUAUUCGACUGGACAAGUGGCAGGCAGCGACAGACUCGUAUGGCCCCAGUGAAAUCGAGAUCAAGACCGAAGCUUAUCUUGCCAAAUCCGAGGUACAAAUGCGACUGAAGGUUACAGCCAACAAGCUGGCAGAUGUGUAUAUCGGACGAAACAGCGAGCCCAAAAUCAGUCUUCCACUCCCACUUCCACUCCAUUUUCCCUUGGGCCCCGAGCCCCCAUGCUUCAACCAAGCGACUGCAGCCCCUGAAAUGUUGACGCCAUCACUCGGUGUUGAGCGGCUUUCAACUCUCAACUUGGAGUCUAGGUCGAAGCCUCUACCCACCUUAUCCGCUCCAGCGACUCCUGAUGCCCUACCAAAUUCGGCAGUGUUUCCGCGCAUCUUGGUCAAAACCGAGAACGUUUUUACUGUGGAGGGUCAGUUGCUCAAUGUCCCAGCAGCCAGGGCGAAACGUUCGUUCACGCGGUGA